UCUUACCUGGUGCACUGCUUACCAAAAGGAAUGGCGUUCAGAUAUGCGUAUCCUUACCUGGAACAUUAAUGGCAUUCGAACGAUUCCGCAGUACCACCCUUGGAAUACACUGAAAAGCCACGAUGCAAUUUUGGACCACCUGGAUGCUGAUAUCAUCAAUUUUCAAGAGGUUAAAUCUAAUCGGACAGCUCUUCCUGCACCAGUCGCAGCUCCCCCAUCGUACGACGCGUAUUACUCUUUCCCACUCACAAAGAACGGAUACUCUGGUGUGGCCACUUACACUCGCCGACCUUCCGCAGAAAAUUCUGGUGUGACGGCUCUCAAAGCUGAAGAAGGACUUACGGGAAAACUUCGGCAGCCUCAUUUGAAGCCCCCGCCUUCGGAUGAAGAACGUGUCUCACGCCCGGAAGCCUAUGAUUACAACGACCGCGAGCUAGGGUUUUCGGAUAUCAAGUCCCUCGAUGCCGAAGGACGCGUCCUUACCCUGGACUUUGGCUUAUUUGUCUUGAUCAACGUGUACUGCCCUAACGACGGGUCCUCCGCAGAAGACACUAGUCGACUCGACUACAAGAUGGCGUUUCACCGUUUACUUGAAGCUCGUGUGCGCGCGCUCAUCAGAGAAGGCCGUGAAGUCAUUUUGUUAGGCGACAUUAAUGCAUGUGCAGCGGUUAUCGACCAUUGCGAAGGUGACAUUAUCGUUCGGAGAGGUAUAGCGCAAGGAUUUAGUGGCGAUAGCGAGGAGUAUUUUUGGAUGGAGAAUGACGCAAGACGAUGGUUGAGAGAUCUACUGGAGGGCGGAAAGAAAUGUUUCGUUGAUGUCGUCAGGAAAUAUUACCCGGAACGACGAGGAAUGUUUACCUGCUGGAACACAAAACUUUCCGCUCGCGCCAGUAACUAUGGUACCCGUAUUGACUACAUUCUUGCUACCCCCGGUCUCCUGCCCUGGAUCAAAGCGGCAGAUAUUGAACCCACUAUCAAAGGAAGUGACCAUUGUCCAGUUUGGAUAGACCUUCAUGACGAAAUUUCGUUGUCCGGCGGAAGAAAUUCCACAUUGAAACUUCGAGAUGUUAUGUCAUGCCCUACCCCAGAUAAACCGGACAGAGAACCUCCGAGAUUAGCAACUAGAUUUUGGGAUGAGUAUUCGGGGAAGCAGCGCCUUCUGGCGAGUUUUUUCAAUACCGGUUCCGCGGGGGACAAGAUAAAACCAAAAGUUGUUGCCGCCGAAGCUACACCAACAACCAACUCUGAUAAUUCCGAUGUCAAAAUGUUAAUGACUUCCUGCGAGUCCACUUUGCAUAAUACGACUAUCCCUCAGCCUGUAUCUAUUUCCUCCUCGCUGACAUCGAUCGCGUCCGUAUCUUCAUUUCCUACAUCUUCCGGCACUUCCACCCCGACUUCCACAUCCUCGCGAUCAAAUUCACUGAAGAAGAGGAAGACACCGCCUCCUUCCACCUCUUCAUCGACUGCAGGCACCUCAUCCUCAUCGUCUGCUAUUCAAACCAAACCGAAGAAACCGAAAGGGGAUGUUCAAAACGUGAAGGACCUGAAGAAACCCGGACAGUCAAAACUCUCUAGCUUCUUCGUCGCUCCGCCUACGACCCGAGACACGAGCAAUUCGAAAGCAAAAAAUUCAAUAACGUCGAAGAUAAAACCUAGGCGGAGCGAAUCAAUAGCCAACCUCGCUGAUACAGGAACACAAGUUAUAGUGGACCUCACAGCGAGCGAUGACAAAAACGACAAAUACCCCGUGGCUCAAACAAUACAAGAGGUUGAGGAGGAAGAUAUUGACGAGGACUUACGACAAGCUAUCCAACUUUCGCUAUCGCAAACAUCUUCCUCUUCAAUGCCGUCGCAAUCAUCACCUAUAUCAUCAUCUCAUGAAGCUUGGAAGUCUCUCCUCAAACCUCGAGAGCCCCCGAAGUGCUUGGUGCAUAACGAAGUCGCGAAAGAGUUUCGAGUAAACAAGCCUGGGGUCAAUAAAGGUAGAUCGUUUUGGGUCUGUUCAAGGCCGGUGGGACCCGGAUAUGAUAAAGGUCGUUCAGAGCGACCUCGUGAAGAAGUCGAUUCGAAAUGGAAAUGCAAUUACUUCGUAUGGAGUAGUGAUAUUGGAGUCAACCGUACGACAAAUCAGUCUGGAAAAUAGAGUCUUCUCAAGACUUUCUUUCAUCUGUGAGCCGGUCUACCUGAGGACUGAGUACUGAGGCUUGAGUGUCAGUCAUAUUGACCGACCGGUUUAAUCCUGGUUUAAUCCACCUUUUUCCUCGAUCAAUUAGUCUUUCCGAAGUCUACCUGCCUGCCGGUCGUACGUGUUUUGGUCACAAGGCUAAGUG